CUCUCGCACACUGCUGCGCAGCGCUACGCUCACACAGUGCGGCUAGAAAGCAUCGAGAAGGUUUGAAACAAAAUAGUUUGGAAUAUCGAACUUGCGGGCAAAAAGUCACUAGCUUGCAUGGCCCUGCUGUAACCGAUCUAACUGGCGUGCUUGGCGGUCACCACAUUUCACAUCCAUAUUCCGGUGCAGUGCAAAGCCGUAGAGAAACAGCGUUUGCCAGGCCAGGGCUACGGGGUUCCUCUGCUCUGCGGGCGGAGAAAAAUCGUCGCCAAGCCAAGACGAAGAAGUGGAAGACGUCGACGAACAAGAAGCAGAACAAGUAGCGAGCAAUCUCGUUUUCUUCAUACACCAUAAGCUCACCGUCGUCCGGAAAGUAUGGCCACCAACAAUUACUUUGGGUUUCCGCACGGAGCCACACAGUAUGGCACGACGGCACCUGGGACCGCGUAUCCGACGACACAGACGGGAUACGCAGUAGCACCAGCGCCGACACCGGCUGCACCUACUUACGGAACGGCACGUCCAACCGGUUACGACCAGGCGUACCAGCCCGCUGCGACACCAGGGACAUACGCAACCACGGCAACGGCCGCAACAUACGACUACGGGUACGGCCGUACGACGCAGACGUACGAUACCUCGAAAACGUACUACCAGCAGGCGGCCGGGGCAACGGCCGGCUACUCGACCCCGACCGGAUACGACGCGGGCGGCACUGCGCCAAAGGUCAUCGCCGGGUUUCAGCCGGGGCAGGCGACUGCUUACGCACCGCAGCCCGCCCGGGGCUCGCUGCCGCCGGCGAAGGCAGGUCAGCAGUACCAGCAGACGACCCAACAUCAGCCAGCGGCUGCUCCUCAACCCCAGGCCUACGUGCCGACGCAGCCGACGGGCUACUCGCAGACCGUUACCACGGUCCACACGACACCAAAGUCGGCAGCCGUUGCCGGCACCGUGGUGCCGAAUAAUUCCGCCACCUAUCCCGGCUACGACGCGGCACUGUACGGCGCGACCACGAUGUACGUUACGCAGCAGCAGCAGCAGCCGCCGCCGAACACGAAAGCACCGGCGAACGUUCCCGGUGGUGGCGGUGCAAUGCCAGGCGCACCGGGCGGAGCGGCAGUCAUUACGAGUGGCCCGGUACCGGCCGGUGGAUCGUGGCCAAACUACAAAAGCGGCAAGGGUGGUAUGCAGGGCCACGGUCACGGUCACGGCGGUGGGCCGUACAAGGCGCGCAAGCCGGCCCCGAAGCCGAUGCUUAUUCACUACUGCGAUGUGUGCAAAAUCAGCUGCGCUGGACCGCAAACGUACCGCGAGCAUCUGGAGGGCCAGAAGCAUAAGAAGCGCGAGCUGUUACUGAAACAGGCCGCCGAACCGGGCGGUACUGCCCCGGCCCGGCCGCCGAACAGUUUGCACUGCGAGCUGUGCGGUGUGACGUGCACGGGUAACGAUGCGUACGCAGCGCACGUGCGUGGCGCCAAGCACCAGAAGGUGGUGAAGCUGCACACCAAGCUUGGAAAACCGAUUCCGGCGUGCGAUCCGACGCCGAACGCGGAUGGAGAGAAGAAGGAGAGCGCUGCUGGUGAGUCGUCCGACGCGGCCGGUGGUGCUGCGGCUGGAGUCAACAACGCCGGAGGAGGCGGCGGUGUUGGUGGUGGUGGUGCAGAGUCGUCGGAAGAAUCCGUCCGACCGGUGGGAAGCGAAUUUAUCGAGGAAAUCAAGGACGACGAUGGCAAGCUGGUUAGCUUCAGCUGCAAGCUAUGCGAGUGCAAGUUUAACGACCCGAACGCGAAGGAAAUGCACAUGAAGGGACGGCGCCACCGGUUGCAGUACAAGAAAAAGGUGCAGCCGGAUCUGGUCGUCGACAUAAAGCCGACGGUGAAGCAGAAGAAAAUCGCGGAAGCCCGUGCCCAUCGGCAGGCUAUGCAGGAGGAGUUCUGGAACCGUCGCCGCAUGGCAGACGCAGAGAUGGAGGAAGAGCACGGUAUGCGAACGUUUGGGCGGCAUCCGUUCUUUGGCAUGCUGCCCGGGCGCCGUCCGGAGUCAUCCGACGAUCGGCACGUAGUAGCGCGUCAUGCUGAAAUCUACCCGAAGGAGGAGGAGCUGCAAACCAUCCAGCGCAUUGUUUCGCACACAGAGCGAGCGUUGAAGCUGGUGUCCGAUGUAAUGACUUCCGGGGGCGGCUGUGCCACUGGAUCCGUCCCCGCUGUCCAACCGGCCCCGGCAGCUGCAGCCCCGGCCGCUGCAGGCGCACCGAGCGAGCAGAAAACUGAACCGACUAACGAUCAAUCGAAGGAGCAGGAAAUUCAAUCGCAGCAACCAUCGACGACCGCUGGCAAUGGUAAUGGCAAAGCGAAUCAGAUGAUUUCCUUCCACAAGGAAACGGAGGGAACCACAAUCCGUCUGCUGAAGGGUGUGAUGCGCGUCGGUUUGCUCGCUAAGGGGCUGCUGCUACACGGCGACAACUGUGUACAGCUCGUGGUGCUGUGUGCCGAGAAACCGACGACGUCGCUGUUGAAACGCGUUGCAACGGAGCUGCCAAUACAGCUGAAGAAAAUUGCCGAAGACCAUCGUUACACGGUGACAAUGGCACCAGUCGAAGGCGCUGUGCUCGUUACCGAUGGUACGAUUACGGUGAAAAUAUCUCUCACGUCUCCGCUGCUACGUGAAGCUAAUGCACCUUCAGCGGAGCAGGCUGCUCAGAAUACCGAAGAUCUGCUGCCACGCGAGCCCUGCCUGCAGGCGCUAGCCGCACUGCGUCAUGCAAAAUGGUUCCAGGCUAGAGCGACAGGGCUCCAAUCCUGCGUAAUGAUAAUGCGCAUUAUGCGCGAUCUGUGCCAACGGAUACCCAUCUGGAGCCACAUUAGUCAAUGGGCGAUGGAGCUGUUGCUGGAAAAGAUCAUCUCGUCUGCGGGCGAAGUACUCACGCCGGGCGAAUGCUUGCGCCGCGUCAUGGAAGCGAUCUCAUCCGCUAUCCUUAUCAACGGUCCCGGGCUGCUGGAUCCGUGCGAAAAGGAACCGGAAGAUACGCUGGCCGGUCUGAGCAAGCAGCAGCGCGAGGACAUUACCGUCUCGGCGCAGAUGUUCCUGCGCUGCAUCGCCUUCCGGCAGAUCUACAAGGUGCUCGGCAUCGAACCGCUACCGCCACCGAAGUUUGCCGGCAGCCGCAACUGGCGCUUCAAUCGCAAACGUCGCCGCUCUGGUACGGAGGGCAACGACAGUGAAGCUGAUGGAAGCAAGAUGUUAAAGAAGGACGAAUCAGGUGCUUCUUCUGCUUCAUCUGGAGCUGUAUCGGCGACUGGAACCAACAAUGCCACGGCGGGGAAAAUGGAAACAUCCCAGUAAGGAACCGGUAAAAAGAAGAAACGAAUGAAUUUCUUUUCCUGUGUGUACCUCAUCUCGGUAGUAUAGAGUGGGUAUCAAUUUUAUGCAAAAAAACCAUCCUCAUCCUACUGCUUCGUGCGAGUAUUCAGUCUGUCUGUCCCAAUUAUGUUACACCGCUACUAGGGCUCGGUAGGCAAACAUGUGCAGGCUUAGUUCUUAUAUUCUAUGUACCGCUAAGGUCGGUCCUUUCAUUACGACUAUUUUAAAUUUGUCCUAUACUAUCCGCACUUCCUGCUACCUUUUAACAUUCAACAAUGGGCAUCGAUAAAAUUGGGUAGUUGUAAUGAGGGAAGAAUGCAAUGCCUGCCACUAUUAUAAUCUAGCGCCUUCCCGGUGAACGGGAAAGACGUAUGUUCAAGUUUGAACCGCACGUCGAUAACACAUUCAACAACAACUACUAGGGUACUAGGUUGGAAUGCAAAAAUCUCCAGCUCAAAACUCACUAAUACACACACACACAUGAAACUAUGAGAGCAACGUAAAAGUAUUCCAAAACAAAAUCAUGAAGAAAUCCAUGUUAACUAACUAAUUACAUAUUGGCGAUGCAAAACGGGCGUGGAUGAUGAUAGGUCAGGGAAGUGUAGUAAUGUGGGGAGUGUGUGGGCAGAUGUUGCGUAGUAAUACAGCAAAACCAACUACUCAGGCACAGUCACGGGGCGCGACGCGAAGAAUAGGUUGCUGGAUUGUAUGGUGAAUUUUAUUAGAAAUAUUAAUGAAUUAUCCCGUGUUCGACGUGUUGUUAGUCAAUAGGUUUAACAAGGUACUUUCCAUCUAACCGUGUUCUGCUAGAGGAAAGAACAAAAAGAAGGAGAUGGAUAGAAAACGUUUCGUGAACAAAAAUAUUUCAGUUCCUUUCAAUCACUACGAUUUUUCAUGAAUUUUAUCCUUGGAUUUUGGAUAUGGUUUGCCAGCCAUUGAAUGCCGCAAUUCAGUUUCAUCAAUUAUUGUAGCGUGUUUGAAACGUGAAAUACAGGAACUAGAGUCAGAAAUCGUACCAGGACAGUUAGUGUUUAUUUAUUUCGUUCAUACUUCACACAGUAGUGUGUGUCCUUUCGAAUAUUAACGACGUGUUGGUGUCAGUUAACAAAAAAAAAAAAACAAAAUUGCAUACCGGCAUAUUAGUUCCUCGUCCAAUAGAGCGUACAAGUUAGAGUGUAUAGAAACAAAUUGAAACGUUAGAUAUGUUUCUAGUUUGAACGGAUUGGCUGAGAGGUGCGGAGGUAGUUUAGUAUUUCCCGAGGGUUUUCCUCACCUUGACCGAUGCUAAUACGAUAGAAAGGUUGUAGAAAUUAAGACAACACUCUAAUCAAUAGGAACUAACGUGUAGCUCAACACCCCACCAAUGCGCCAGACGCAAAGGUGCGAGGAUAACACCGGAAUGUGGCUGUCGUCCUCGGCGUCCUGUUUAGCUAGGAAGGAUAGGAAGGAGUGAGUUUAUGAUGCGUGAUGAUGGCACCUCUGCUUGCAGAAGGUAACAUUAGUAGAUGGGCAGCGCUCCCUUCACAACUCACCUAGACGGAGUACUUCAGCAGAAUCUAGGCUAUGUAUGGAAUCCAUAAAUACAAAAAUUUUAUCGACUAUAUCAUAAGACAACUAAUAGAGAAAGACACCACAUACCAACCACAAGUGCGAGAGGUAACAUAAUACACUCUCACACUCACACUCACACAGCAAAAGCAAACCAACAAACAAGCAUAAGGAAAGGGAUUUGGGACGUUAGAGAGACUUAGUGUCACGUAAUUAAUAACUUUCAAGUCAAAAUUUGAAUUUUGAAAUAAAAUGCAUCGAUUACUUUAUCUAGCGAACCAGUA